UUCAUAAUUCGCGGCAUUCUAAUUCCAGACAACUGGGGCGGUUGUCAGCUCUUGAAAUGAGAAGUUCGUUUUUCCAACUGGUGAAACAUGUACAAUAUUCUGUUUUCAGCGAAGAUAUUGAUAAUAUUAGGAGGAAGAAACCUCUUGUCAAGCAUCUUCGGAAGUUGAAUCCCUUUAUUGAUGAACAGGGAAUUCUGAGAGUUGGGGGUAGAUUGUCAUAUUCCGGUCUAUCCUAUGAUCAUAAAUAUCCAGCAUUACUUCCUUGUAAUCAUCGUCUUACUGAUCUAAUCAUUGAGUGCUAUCACCGAGUUCAUCUACAUCCAGGAGCUCAAACGCUUCAAUUCAUAUUAUCCCAAUUUGUUUGGAUAUUGUCUGCAAGGCGGGCGAUUCAUCGAGUUGUUUCGAAGUGUUGCACAUGCUUCAGAAACAAUCCUAAAUCAAUCCAACCCUUAAUGAGAAAUCUUCCUCCUGUUCGUGUGACAUCUGUCAAACCAUUCCAAUGCGUAGGUGUGGAUUUUGGAGGACCGUUUUUCACCACCCCUUCCAGAUCAAAGGGUGUCAGAUCACAUAAAUCCUACGUAUGUCUUUUUGUGUGUUUUGCUACCAAAGCACUCCAUUUAGAGCUCGUCUCUGACCUAUCUUCGUCAGCCUUUCUGGCAGCGUUACGAAGAUUCAUAAGUCGUCGAGGUCGUUGCAAUAAAAUUUUCAGCGACUGUGGCACAAAUUUCAAAGGAGCCUCCCGUGAACUUUCUCAAUAUAUGAAGGAAGCAAGUGAAGAGGAAAGAAUUGAAUGGGGCUUCAAUCCACCCUCAGCUCCACAUUUUGGUGGGUUGUGGGAGUCGGGCAUCAAAUCGGUGAAGUCACAUCUUUAUAAAGUCAUCGGUGAACAAAAAUUAACAUUUGAAGAGUUUUACACUGUUCUGGUUCAAAUAGAGGCUAUACUUAACUCUCGCCCUCUUUGCCCAAUGAGCUCUGACCCAAAUGAUGUUUCAGCACUUACUCCUGGACAUUUCUUAACCCUAGCCCCCCUAUCAACUUUUCCUGAACCUGAUUUAUCGGAAAUUCCUUUGAAUCGACUUUCUCGGUGGCAACUCCUUUCUCGUCUUCAUAGAGAUUUCUGGAAACGUUGGCACAAGCAAUAUCUCAACACACUACAGCAACGCAAACGGUGGUAUAAUGAUAGUACUACUGUGCUUUCUCCGGGUAUGCUCGUUCUCAUAAAAGACGAGCAAUUGCCUCCCUUACGUUGGCGUCUUGGGAGAAUAGAAAAUUUACAUAGUGGUGAGGACGGUAGAGUUAGAGUUUGUACUCUUCGAACUAAUAAUGGCACUUUGCAAAGACCAGUGGUGAAAUUGUGUCCAUUACCUCAGUAAUGGGCAUAGAUUUAUGAUCGAUAUUUUUUCUUAUUUUGUUUUUUUUUUCUCGGUCCAUUAGGAGUUCGAGUUAUUUAAAGAUGGUAACGCAUUUUUUUUUUCGGGUAAUUUAUUAUUAUAAACUUAAAAUAUGGUUUUUUUUUCUCCUCGGUGUUUUCUUUAGUAUGUAAAUAUAACCUAUUUAGGUGGGCGGUUAUGUUACUGCACCACCCUGUAUAUGCUGAGUCAAGUGCUGAAUUCGGUCACGCGCGGAUUGAUAUUUUCGGGCAUAUGUCUGUUGAAGAUGUUUUUUUUCACCAAGUCUUCUCAAGUGAAAGUGUACACAAGAAUUUUCGAAGUUUCCCCAAUAAAAGGAGAGUUUCAAGGUAAGGUGACGUACUUUUCACAGACCCGAACCGUUUUCGAAAUAAGUUUCAAUUUUUCAGAAUCUUUUUUUAUUUCAUUUUUCACU